AUGGCCGCUAUAGACAUGUUGGCGUCGGAGCAAAUAUUCUAUGGCUGUAGCCCGCCAGCCGGCUUCUUGACAGACUAUUCAGCCCCAGUUAGAAGACCAACAAAAUUAACGUCGAGAGGCUACUCAGCCCCAUCUCUCUCUAUACUCAAACCUGUGCAAUUAUCGUUGAAAUCGGCACCCAGAAGCUGCAUACGACUGUCAGCGGAGAAGAAGCAGAAGCGAGUAGUAUUCGCUGAUGACAGAGGAUACGCUUUGGAACAAGUGAAGUUCAUGACAGAACCAUCGCACGUACCACCGUAUUGGGCGCUCAAAAUAGUCGCGAGUCCACCGCUGGAGCGGAAACCACCACCGAUAACCGUUGACUCUUGGGAAGUUAGGUUUUCGCAGCCAGCAUCAGACUAUUUGGAGUUCAGAAGGAGGAUAACCGAGAAUUGUGUGGCGUUAGAGAACGUUAUAGUCAAACACAAUGAGGGCGCUGUGGACGGUACCGUCAAAGUGAAGAAUUUGGAUUUCGAAAAGGAGGUGUUCAUCCGAGCUACGUCAGACGGUUGGAGGACGCAGGAGGACACGUACUGUGCUUUCGUCGAGUCGGGACCGUUGAGCAAGAACGGCCUAUCGAUGUACGACACUUUCGGCUUUCGUCUUCAAUUGCCAAUCCAUUCGAGGAAGUUGGAUUUUUGCGUGUGCUUCCACUGCAAGGAUAAGGAAUACUGGGAUAAUAAGAAUGGUGAAAAUUACACAAUAGAAAAGUCUUCAGUGAGAAAGUCACCAGCGAUAUCAUGUGCUAGGAUAAAAUAUGGGAACUCCUGGAGUAGAUCGGAUGUUGGGCACACCCCUUAUUGGUGA